ACCUACCAGGAGCAACUCCAUUCUAGUCACUGAGUUCUAGUUACUACCCUGUGACGUGGCAUGCUGCCUGUGAGGCGGAAGCUGCACCGUCUACAGUACGAGAGGUCGUCUGUAUGUCUGCCUCUGCACGAAUGGCUGGCUGGCCUGGCUUCUCUGAGGACGAGCUCAAGAGGAUGAGGCCUCCGCAAGAAUUGCCUUACCCUAGGGGUCCAGAUGCUUGUUUAUCUGAAGCAUUUUUAAGUCAUCCGCAGCAUCAAACGUUUCCUAAGAAAGAUAAAGCCCAUCAUUCCCCAUCCUUUCAGAAGAAUACAUCAUCCCGAGUACACUUACCUAACUCUACCCAAGUUAGAAAACCACUUGAAGAAAAACCUAAAGAACCUGUAGCGGACAACAAAGAAAUUGCAUCCGAACCACCUAGUAUAAGGACGAGAGAAGAUGACGAGCUGUCAAAAAAGGAGGUGGAACUGAAAGAAAAAUCUUGCUUGAAACAACUUCAACUAAAGCAGCGCUUAAUGGAAGAAAAAAAUAAACGCAAGAAAGCUAUACUAGCAAAAGCAAUUGCUGAAAGAUCAAAAAGAACCCAAGCAGAGGCAGUAAAACUUAAUAGAAUCCAGAAACAGCUUCAAGCCUUGGAUGAGAUAGUGUCCACAGAUAUUGGUAUUUUGCGGAACCGAAUUGAGCAGGCAUGCAUGGAGUUUUCCCAAGCCAAGAAACGUUAUGACAGAGCAGAAUCUGAAUAUGUUGCAGCAAAAUUGGACUUGUACAAGAAAACCCAAGUGAAGGAGCAAUUAACUGAACAUUUGUGUACCAUCAUACAACAGAAUGAGCUUCGUAAAGCUAAGAAACUUGAGGAGCUUAUGCAGCAGUUAGAAGUAGAAGCUGAUGAAGAGAGACUGGACUUGGAAAUAGAAGUAGAGCAAAUGUUACAGCAACAAGAAACUGAAACAAGGAAGCCCCUGGUAUCAUCUACAUCAGAAAAGAGCCAGCAGGUUUCAAAACUAGAUUGCAGUAAACUGCCUUCAGAAAAAGAGUUCACUACAGAAACAGAUCAAGGACAGUUUAUGACUGGAACUACAAGUAACAUAGGUGACACUAACAAAAUUAACCAGAAAGACUCUGUUCACAGUGCACAAGGAGACAGUAUUCUUUCUUGAGACAAAUUUACAGUAAAGGCGCAUUCACACGACCGUGCCGUGUCUUGCUGUCCGCAAAUUGCGGAUCCGCUAAACAUGGAUAACCGGCUGUGUGCAUUCCGCAUUUUGUGGAAAGCACAGGGCCGGCACUAUAUAGAAAAUGCCUAUUCUUUUUCGUGAAUAGGAAAUGGACAAAGUUGCGGAACGAAUGCAGACCCAUUCAUUCAGUCGUGUGUUGAU